UCUCCAUCUUUGAUGGUAAAGUCUCGGCAAAACAACGGAGGAAUACGACAGGAAAAAAGACACUAUACGUAUAACAGAGCGCAUCUGAAUCUAAAUCAAAGUGUGAAUGCAUCAUCCUAACUGACAUCAUUUUGGUCAAGUCCCUCCACCUCAAUAGCUGCAGCACAAUCACAAAAGCAUUCGGAACAGCUUUUAUUUGGUAGCAAAUUGUUUAUGGACUUUAAUCCUCUGUGACUGAGAGCAUGACUGCAUCCCAAACCUGCUGAAAGCUCCUUGACAAAAGAUGCAACCAGGAGGUCCUCCUGCUCCACCGCCUCCACCACCGCCACCACCUCCACCUCCACCUCCCCCCUCAGCCCCUGGCUUCCCUCAUGGCCCGGGCCUCGGUGCCAAGGGAGCGCACCGGCGCUCCAGGAUGCGCAAUUUCAACUGGGAGACCCUUCCCAAACACACUGUGGAAGGAAAGCACAACAUCUGGACGGCUGAUAAAACGGAUGGGGAAUAUGAGCUGGACACUGAUCGCAUGGAGGAGCUGUUCAGCCACAAGCAGGACCAGCAAAAACUCAAGGCCCUGAAUCGCCAGAGUCUGAGGGGCCUGCCAACUGCUGCUUCAGGAGGGGUCAUGGUUUCCAUCCUCAACUCCAAGAGAAGCAUGAACGUUGGAAUUUUCCUAAAGCAGUUCAAGAGGCCUGUAAAACACAUGAUUGAAGAAAUUAAAUCAGGAAGUAGUCUCUGUUUUGGUUCUGGAAAACUAAGGGAGCUGUGCAAGCUGCUGCCAGAUGAAGGGGAGCUGAAGCAGCUGGUCGGUUUUAAGGGCGACCAGUCUGCUCUCCCAGAUGCAGAUCUGUUUAUGCUAAUGCUGGUCAAGAUUCCCAGCUAUGAGGAGCGUCUCAGCAGCUUGGUGCUCAAAGAGGAGUUUUUCCCCCUCAUGGAUGAAAUGAAAGAAUUUAUUGGCACUUUGACAGCAGCUGGCAAUGAGCUGUUGGAGUCUGAUCAUUUGCAUUCUGUCAUUCGCCUGGUACUGAAGACUGGAAACUACAUGAAUGCUGGUGGCUAUGCAGGCAGUGCAAUUGGAUUCCGCAUGUCCUCUUUGUUGAAGUUAGCAGACACCAAAGCAAACAAACCCGGAAUGAAUCUUAUGCAUUAUGUCGUGAUGCAAGCUCAGAGGGCAGAUAUGGAACUGCUUACAUUUACAGACCAGCUCGAACACAUUGAAGCUGCAGCAAGAAUGAAUAAAGGUGAAAUUGAAGCAGAGUUUGAAAAACAGGUGAAGAAAGUUCAAGUGGCCAGAGCAGACAUUUUGAAACAGGAAGACUUAAAGGCACAGAUGGAAGGUUUUCUGCAGGAAGCUGACGCCUGCUUGGCAGAAAUAGAGACUGAUCUUCAGGAACUGCAGUCAGUGAGUGACUCUGUGGCAGAGUACUUUUGUGAAAACCCAGACAAGUUCAAACUGGAGGAGUGUUGCUCCAUUUUCCACUCCUUCUGUGAGAAAUUUAAGCGGGCCAUGCAGGAAAACAAGGCUCGAGAGGUGGCAGAGGUGCAGCGCAGACACAGAGACAGAUUGCAGAAUGCUGCCAAGCGCAGAUCUACAGCUACCUGCUCCAGCAGAGACAAGGAAAUGGAUGGAGUUGCAUUGCAGUCCAUACUACAGAACAUCCUCACCAAUCGUGUCUCUCGGAGGAGAUCCGGAAGGCCCUUGUCCACCCAUGGAAGCCCCACAAGUGGCAGCCCCAAAGUUGGGAGCCUGUCAGAAAUCACCUCUCAAGCAAAUCUCCCUACAGGAAAUAAAAAAAGGGGAGGCUCAUCUAGAGUGACGGACAUGGGUAGAAAAGAGUGGAACUCAGCUUUAGAACUCACUGAGAAUUCUUUGCAAGAGAAAGCCCAGUCUAAAAGUGAAGACAACAAGGCAAAAGGCAGCAAUGCUCAUGAAGAAGAGGUGAAAACUUCUAGAAAAGACGAGACAGCUAAUAGGACCACCAGCAUUUCCUCCUCAUGCAGAUCUUUCUCAACCACCACUGAUGAAGAUGAGGAAGAUCUACAGGAUAAUAAUGAAGAGGAGGCCCAAAAAUUACGUGAAGCAUCUAAAAAAGUUUUACGCUUUCAAAAAAGCCGUGGCAGUGUCUCAUCUGGGGACCAUUCUCUGGAAAAUCAGAAAUCUCCCGCUCCAACUACCAAGUUGCGUCGUCAGUGCACCUUCGAUGAGGAGACAGAUAGGUAUCCUGGAGACCCAACCAAUGAUGAUUUAGUUAGAUUUUUGCUCAGCCCUCAGUCCCCCUCAAAACGUAACCUUGCCCGCCGCCAUACUCUACCUUCCAAGGUCUCAAAAACUGAGGAGAAGGAAGAUAAUCUGUUUGCUAAACCUACAGUCAGAACUCCUAAUUUUGCAGCAGUAGAAAAAGGGACACUGGCAGCAGAGGGUGCUGGACACAGUUCCACAAAACAAGUGUUUGACUUUCCUGAUGUAUCUCACAGCUCCCAGAAAUCAAUUGCACAAGACCAGACUUCUCUGUCAGCAGAAAAUAAAAGCAAGUCAAGUGAUUCUUUAACCAAUGUUCCAGAUGGAGGGCUUGGGGAGCAAAAUAAAGUGGGCAAAUCAGUGGAGCCCACUGGUGACCACUUGCAGGGGAAUAGUGAAAAUGUUCCCCCCAAAAGUCCAUGGAUUAAAACUGAAAAACCUGGACUUUUUUUUAGCUUUUUAAAACGCCUUGGAGACAUGAGCAAAGUGCAGAACAGCAAAGAUACUGUCCAUAAGGGCAAUGGAUCUAGUGUAUAGGCACUGAGAUAUAUUGAAUUUAAUGUCAGAGAAGCACAUGCAACUUUAGUAUCACUUUUAAUAAACUCAUCGUGGUGAUGAUGUAGUGUUAUAUUUAUAUUACUUUUGUAAAUUGAUAAAAAGGGUGUUGAGGGAUGGGGAGAUGGUUCAAAGAAAGUAGCUGAGGGAGGAAUAGUUGAGUAAAAGGCCAUUGUGCAUGUUGUACCACUAGAGGGCAGCAUAUAACAGUAAAAUGGUGAAUUUGCUCAGAAAAUAGAGGUGUUGCGUAUUUCCAGGCAAUCUGUACAUUGUCUAGUAAACAAAGGAACUGUGGGCACACACACACACACACACACACACACACACACACACACACACACACACACACACACACUGUAAAACAACUUUCUCAACUUUAAAUCCUUUUUAUCCAUGGAUAAUAAUGUUCCCUUGGCAGUAUGGUAUUGUCCUCAUCAGUUGGAUAAAUGGGUUAAUACCUACAGUGUGUUGUUGGGAUUAAACUGUACAAACUUGUAGAAUGUUUUUAGAAAGCAAAUGUAUGUUUAGUGUAAACACAGAGUGAGCAAAGAGAAGUCAGAUUGUAUGUAAAAACUUGGUUAUACUGUUAUUUUUGAUACUUCGAUAAAUGACUACAUCUGCUGCAUGCUUGAAUUCAGUACUGUUAUUUUGUAGUUUUACAGUGAUUAAUAUCUUUGUCUUUUGCCUCUUUGUUUGCCUCCUCUGUCGUUGUCAAGAAUGCUGAAGGUUGAGAAUGCUUUCAGGGUCUUACUCAAUUCAGCCAUUGUUUUGGUUAAAAUGGGUCAGUGUUACAAAGGCAGCCUGUAUCUGUGCAGAGCUGAAUCAUGGACUGUCAGUGGCAAUGCAAACAGUGCUGAUCUCAAAUUGACUUGGGAAGAGAUUACUGCAGUUGAAAGGCUAACACCUGGUUGAAGGGAAGGAAACCAGCCUCCCUGUGUAUACCAGGCUUGUGGCACAAGCUCGGAGCAGAUGCUAAAGGUCAGUGAGGCCAUAGCGCGUGCCAGCAGAUCUGGGAUUUCAAAAUGUAAGUGUGACUACUGGCAUCUAUUAGCAGUUGAUACCAGGGUUACAGUAAUUAUCUUUUUAGGAUUAUGUCCAGCCGUCUGACUGAAGUGUAACAACGAGAAAAUGAAAAUGACCUUUCAUUUAAUUUGUUGAUAUUUGGUGGUAUUUCUUUGCAAUGAAAUAUGUAUGAGACUGAGAUGGAUGGCCAUCAAAAUUACAGAGAAACAAAAAUUGUUGUCACUAAAUAAUGACUUGUCAAUUUGCUCUUUGUAAUUGUAUCUCAAACAUCGAGAGUGAAAUAAAUAUGCAUGAAUACUUAUUUUUGUAUAAGAAAGCCACUUAAGAUAAAAGGUCAAGACACAUGAUCACCUUUGACUUAUAAGGUUCUAUUUGACAUGUUUGUCAAAAUUGAGUUACUCAUAUAUUCUUAUUCUGUGACAGCAUAAGAAUGUUAGUUUUUUUUUAAGUUAUGUGUGUUUUUGGACUUUAUUUUUAUAUUUAUUCAUUUUUUGCUAUUUGGAAAGGAAAUACUAUGAAGCACAAUAUCUAAAAACUGCUCAGAAUGCAGACAGAGCCUUAUUAUUCUAAAGCGGCAACGUCUAUGUUGUUACAUAUUAUUACUUACAAAUAGAAAAUUUGUCAUAUAGUUAAACUGCUCUACAGUUGUCUUUAGUGAAUGCUAACACAGCAUACUGAAAAUUAAAAAGGUCACAGGCCAUACUGUUGGA